AGUUCAGAAUGUCGCUCUCUCUUUUGAAACCCAUUGCUCCCGUGGAUAUGAAGCACAAAUCUAGAACCAAAGUAACUGUAGUUGGUGUUGGUUCCGUCGGAAUGGCAGCUGCGUUUUCCUUGCUAGUCAAGGGAGUUUGUGGAGAAAUAGCAUUGGUUGACGUUCUGGCUGACAAAAUUCAAGGAGAGGUUCUUGAUAUGCAGCAUGGCAUGCAAUUCAUCAAACACUGUUCUGUAAUAGGUGGAACUGAUUAUGCAAAUUCUGCAAACUCGGAUAUUGUUGUUAUAACCGCUGGAGCUCGUCAAAACGAAGGGGAGUCACGUUUAAAUCUUGUCCAAAGAAACCAAUUAUUCCAGAUGUGA